UCGACAACUAACCGAUAAUUCCAACAUUUAAUCCAACUUGCUGGGCAUUACUAGGGUAUUUCAGCGGCAGCAGUGGUGCUGGUGUUGCUGCCCCCUUCGCACACACGAUAAUUGAGUGUAUCAGUUUUAUUCGGAAAUCUCUCACGCCUCAACAUGCUCUGGCGACAAUUCAAAGCAAAUUUCAAUUAUACAAAUCGCAGUGCCUCAACAAAAUUGCUUUUGUCUGGCAAUUGUUUCGCAAAUACCCUAAACCGUUUAUUGGGAACACAGCUGAUAAACGAUGGCCGGGUGCUGGUCGUGGAGGAAGACACAAAAAAGAGCAAUUCGCAGGAGCGUUCCAUGAAAUUUCCCAUUGUAUGGCUGCGAGACAAUUGCCAGUGCAGCGAGUGCUUUCAUGGCACGACCAAGAGCCGUAAAACCAAUUGGGAGCCUUGCAACAACAUUGCAGCUCGUGCAGCCCGAGUCGUUGCCAAUGCCGAAAAGAAUGCAAUAAUCAUAGAUUGGCAAGAUGCCCAUAAAUCCGAAUACGAUUUGCAGUGGCUGCGAAAACGCGACUUUUCUCCGGAACAGCGAAAAGCGUACAUCGAGAGUGUCUAUAAGCCAAAGGAAGUCGUUUGGGGCAAACAGGAAUUUGCCGAUGUAUUGAAAAUUUACGAUUUUCAAAAGAUUAUUGGCGAUGAUACAGAGCUGUAUAACUGGAUUCGUUCCCUGGCCAUUUACGGUGUCAAUAUUGUAAAAAAUGCUCCGCAUGAUACAACGGUUGCUCAACAGCUGGGAAAUCGCAUUGGAAUAAUAAAGAAAACUGCAUAUGGUGAACAAUUUGAGAUAAAAUCUAAGGAAAAUCCUAGCAACUAUGCCUAUCUUAUGGUACCACUGCCGCUGCACAUUGAUGUACCCUAUUAUGAAAAUAUAGCCGGUAUUCAUAUUUUACAUUGUCUAGUUCAGUCGGCGAAGGGUGGAGAAAAUACAUUAACAGAUGGUUUUUAUGUUGCCGAUCAAAUCCGACAACAUUAUCCGAAAUACUAUGAGUCAUUGCUUAAAACACCGGUCGACUGGCAUGAUAUUGGUAAAGAUGGAGAUAUAGAAUAUCAUAAUAUUUGGAGAGAACCAGUCAUAAAUUUGGAUGUUGAUGGCCGUUAUCAUCGCAUCAAUUUCAAUACCAUCAAAAGAGAUAGCCACUUCAGUGUGCCACUGGAAGCGGUCGAUUUGUGGUAUGAGGCCUACAAUAAAUUUAUAGAAAUUGCCAAUGAAACUGCGGUGCAAUUCAAAACACAUCCCGGCGAUGUAUUUGUGUUCAACAAUCGACGAAUGCUGCACGGACGUACGGCCUUUGAGGACACUCCGGAUAACAAACGUCAUCUGAUUGGAGCUUAUGUUGAUUGGGAUUAUAUUUAUUCGAAAAUGAGGGUAUUACAAACCAAAUUGGGCAUUACUCAUGAGUAAUUUUUUAUUUAUGUCAUGAAGAUUGUAAAUAAUGUAAAUUGCACUCACAGACAUAUCUGGAGUAUAAAUCCUGUUUUAUUAAA